UCUGUCAUCGCAAAACGAGUUUCGGAGUUUUGUUGAAGCGUUGUUAUUGAGGAAAAACUUCUUCAAAAGUGCUUAAAUACUGUCUUUUGGUGUUAAAUAUGGAGAAACCGACUGUUACUGAACAACCCCCGCCAUAUUCCGCCACAUAUCCGCAAGGACCUCAACCACAAGUUCACCCACAACCACAAGCCCAACCGGGGCCAGGGGGAGCAUACCCCCCACCCGGAGGAGCUUACCCCCCUCCGCCUCCUGGCUACACACCAUUCGGUACCACUCCAUCAGCCCCCAGCUACGUACCCAACUAUGGUGCUACCAACAUCAUCAUACCACCACCCAUCAUUGCUGUUGGAGCCUGCCCUGCCUGCCGCGUUGGUAUCCUUGAAGACGACUUCACCUGCCUUGGUAUAUUAUGUGCCAUCUUGUUUUUCCCUCUAGGAAUAUUGUGCUGUCUCGCUCUCAAGAACAGAAGAUGCUCAAAUUGUGGAGCUCUUUUUGGCUAGACUUUAAAUAGAAAGAGCAAAGUCAAUGAUAUAUUUUGGAAUUACUGAUUUACAAUUUAACUGACUGUGGUACUAAGAUAGAGAGCUGUACAAAUGGUUUUUGAAAUUAGGUUAUUUUAUAUUUAACGGAACAUUUACUUUGUCUGUUUUUUCUAUUUCAAGAGACAAUUCAGUUAAAUGGUAAAUCUGUGUAAUUGAUUAGAUCGAAAUAUGUGAAAAGAGACAUCAUUACAUGUAUAUAUCUACAAAAUAAAAAUGUAAGGUUUGUAACAAAAUCAAUCAGUUGUUGCCUUAUCAGUUGAAUGAUUCAUCAUGCAUAUUUAGAUUGGGAAAACAUCAUUUGAUUUUAAUAGCCAGUAUGUACUAGUGAAUUACUAUCAACAAGAAAACAUUUGCAAUUUUAGGAGGUAAAUAAUUCAAUAUUUUUCUUAUUUUGAUUUAAAAUAAUGAAAAUACACAAGUCAAAUGGGUCAAUUAAAAAAACAAUUGCAAUAACAUUAUGUACAUAGAUGGCCUAAUAUGGCCACUGCUGGGCACAGGCGUUUUAUAAUUUGCAUUAGAACACGCUUUCAAGGACCAUCAUAGAAACAUUUAUUUGUUGUCGCGCGCGCCGCGACAUAAUGUGAGCGAAUAUAGUUGGUUCAUUUGUGGCGUAGCCAAUAGAAUCUGUUCAUUUGUUGCAACGGGCGCGACAUCCUAAGGGCAUAGCUAGUUCGCAGAUCUAAAAGAGACACAGCUUAAAAUCUGUUGUGUCUAGUAUCUCGACAGAUUAGAGGUUAAUAAUCUAAUUGGUCAAUGGAUCCCAUUUUUAAAUUGUGAUAAAAAAGUAAUAAACUAUAUUACAAUAUCGUCAAUAUUGUAAUGUUUUUGUGUAUGUUUUUAGCUGUAGUUUUUAUAAGUAAGUAAGUCAUUUAAUUUCUACAAGUUAUAUUAUUUACUUUGUUGCUUUUAGUUGAUGUUAGAAUGCAUAACGAUUCCAUUACAAAUUUUAUAACUUCAAAGUACAAUAGUGUCAUUUACAUUGCCAUAUAAAAAAAAUGUGUUAAUUGGUUUUUAAUUGAUUUCGAUGAUGGUUCCAGUAUACACCAGAUCUGAUUUUAUUUAAAGUUAUAAGGGACGGAUAAUCGACAGGCAUAAAAAUUAAGGAACACAUGUUAAUUUUAUGAAGAAAUUUAAACAACCCUCUCAAAAGAAAGAAUUAAGUUGAUAACACACGUUAAACGGGUUGUAUAUCAGCAAGAAGCCUAUUUGAAUCGGCCGGGUUAUUCAUUCAUUUUAAAAUUAACAGUUGUUAAUCUCCUCUCGUGUGGGUUGAGAGGUGGAUUACCAACCUCGUCAAUUGAGCCGCCAAAGAAGGUCCCUGACAUGACUCAUGUAACGACUACUUACUUACAUCAAUUAAGUAGUAACCGGGACCAACGGCUUAUCGUGCCUUCCGAAGCACGGAUCAUAUUACUUUCGGACAAUCAGGUGAUCAGCAUGUAAUGUCCUAACCAAACUUGGGAUCACAAAGUAAUAGCAGUUGCUAAUUAUCCGUCCCUUUCCUUUUCGGCGGAUAAGAAAAUGACAGGUAUAUAUAACUUAAAAUAAAAUUAGAUGUCUGCGGGAAUCAGGGCAUUUGCCAUAUUCUUUUCUUAAAGUAUUAAUUUGUGUGAAACCAAUGAAAUUGAGUGUAGAUAAAAAUGAUUAUUUCUUUUUAUCAAGUUUUGUGUUACGCAGCUGAAGUAGUAGGACGGAAAAAAGUUAAAACAUGGUUCUAUUGUUCAAACUUGCUGGCGCGAAAUAUUGCAAAGUAUAUUUUUACACUUAUUAGGGUAGUACUUCGAACACCGAAAGUCAGUAUCAUCACAGUGAAAGUGACCUCGAAGGACGUUCAUUGUUCAUUGACCAAAUUGGAGAUAUCCUUAGUAAAGUUUCAGUACGAUCUACUCUGAAUCGGCGUGCGUGUAUGAAACGAUUGAUGAAUGUGGAGGAAGCAAGAGAAGUGUGUCAGGAUCGAAGAAAAUGAAAUUCCACAGUCUCUACUUUGGCGGGAAAUAGACGUGAUUUUAUCUAUGUAUGUGAACGUAAAAAUAUUCCAGAAUCUUUUACCUUUUUGCAAAUAUCCAGUUAGACAAUGUUUGUCGCCAACUUAUGUAAGUCCUAACUGGAUACUUGCGAAAAGACCAAAGAUUCAGGGAUAUUUUUGCGUUAACUGUCACCACCGGUGUACGAAGAUCUACCCAUUGGAUUACAGAAUGUUACUGACUUCGCCCCUCCUACAUUUUUUUAUAAUUUAUGUAGUAUUCCCUAUGUUAUAUAAUUAUGAUUAUUUUAUCCUUCGAUUUACUGAUCUUUAAAUUCCGUUCCAGUUUCUUCUUAUACUUUUUUAGAGUUACAAGAACACACAACACAGGAGCUGUGACAAGAGCAGCGGGUUCAAGUCCCGUCCGAGUCCGAUUUUUUCCAUUUAAUUUUGUAUUUGAGAGUUUCUCUAAGCAUGGGUGAGUGUUAACAAAAAUCCUUUUUUAGAAUUCUUUACCCUGCCACCAAAGGAGGAAGGUGAUGUAUUUUUUAUCAGAAAUGUUGUUAGAAAAGUAAAAAAGAAAUGUUGUUAAAGUGUUAUCAGAAAGUGUUCGCCUCACCAUUGCUCGUAGUCCGAGUUCUUUCCUUAUACUUUCUUCCUUCUUUGACUUCCUAUCUUAUCUGUUUCUACACUUCCUACUUAUCUGAUCUUGUGUGCUCUCCAUGCUGAUAUAAACACAUAAGCCUUAGAAGGAACUGGGGGGUUAAAAUGGCCACAUCGAAGCAAUUCAUCUAAGAAAGCAAUAUUGCAAUUUGACAUUUGCGCAUAUAAAAGUUAGUGGGAAAUGCAAACAAUGUCAAAUAGCAAUAUUGCUUUCUUAGAUGAAUUGCUUCGAUGUGGCCAUUUUAACCCCCUGAACAUAAUAUGAUACAUAUUUUGAGAAAACUAAUAAUCAGCCUUAUUACAAAACGAAGACUGAAAGCUAAACUGGGUUGAUAUAGGCUGUGCCUUAUUGUCAUGUCUUGAAAUAAGUCCCGCGGCCGCGGCGCUAGUGUCGCAGAUUCUGCAUAGAAUUAUUAUGACUCGCCAAUUAGUUCCUUUAAAAUCCGUAGACUUCUUUCGUGGCGCGGAUUAUUAUUUAAUUCUACCUCUAGUCUAUUUUUAGUCUUCGUUAUGUAAUAAGGUGAAAUGUUUUAAAAUGUUUAGUAAAUAGUUGUCCAAAUAAUGAUAGCUACCUGACUAUACUAAACGACUGAUCAUAUUGUCACAGCCAAAUCGCCUUCAUGUUAUGGGUCGUAGGUUUGUUAAGAUUGAAACGAGAUAUAAGUAAUGUUAUAAUAUAAUUAAGUAUACCUACGUUUAAACGCGUGAUCUAUGAGAAUUUUAUUGAAUUUGUAUAGAUUUUUCAAAAUAAAUUUUUGGGUAUAA